AUCGGAAUCACUGUUGCGCUUCCAACGUGGGACUACACUGACCUACCAGAAAAAAAAAGGAAAAGUAAGCCAGAGGACAAACUCAUGGUGACGGGACACGGUCAAAAGGAGGGGGACGCUACUUUUUAGAGCAUUACUUGGGUUGUGUAGCUUUUGUGAUUGUAGUCUGCCGGACCCGGUUCUCUAUCGGAGUUUGGGGACCUUUUCAAAGUUGGAUUUCAACAGUGGAGACUGAGAUUUGGACGCAUUGCUUCGUUCAACUUAACGCCGGAGUCAUUUUAAGGCGGACGAAGUUUGUGGCUCCACUUUGAUUUGUGCGGUGGACAUUAAAAAUAUGUGGACAUUGCUAACUUUUCAAGCGGCUUUAAUUUUGCAACUUGUGAGGUUUGCCAUUGUCAUGUCUCCGGCGAACCGAGCGCACUGUGCCAUUUAAACGUAUUUUGGGGGGGUUGUUGUUUGACGUUCGCAAACAUGUCACACAAAUUGUUGGUUACGGUGAGAAUUCCACACGGACGGUUAAGAAUUUUUCCUUUUCAGUGCAACAAUCUGACCUUUUUGUUUUAGCGAUCGGUGGCUCACCUUGGACUCGAAGCGCGCGUCGGACAUCGAAGAGAAAGUUGGACCUCUGUCCUACAUGACCACUUUUUUUUUUGCUUUGGAGUGCACUUCAAAUGAAACUCUUUACACGAUUGAAAUUGUGUCUAAACUAUCGGAGGCUGCACUAAUCUUGUUUUCGCUGCGCUCUUAAAACUGGAUACAAAAUGGCGGCGUCCCCGGGACGUUUUGGAUGUGCUUCUCGCUGUGUUUUUUAUGUAUUUUUUUCACUCGAACUUUUUACCACUCAUGGAUGGAGUUCCGAGAUUCAGUGUGCCCAGAACUGUACGUGCGAUGGAGAUUCUGUGGACUGCAGUAGUCUGGCGCAGACAGCUCCGCCUGCAGAUCUGCCUGUCCGAACCAUUUCCUUAAAUCUUGGCCACAACAAGCUGACUGCCAUCAGCGUAGAAGUGUUUGUCAACCUAGCCAAUUUAAGAGAGUUGCGGCUGGACCACAAUGAGCUGACCUCCUUACCAGAUUUGGGACAGGCAGCUCCCAGGAUUGUAUCACUGUACCUACACCAUAACAAAAUCCGGAGUAUUGAGGGGAUACGGAUAAGAGACAUGGUUUCUUUGGAAACCUUGGACCUAAGCAAUAAUGACAUCACUGAACUACGAGGACACUCCUUUCCUGCAGGCCUUCAGAUUAGAGAUUUGUACCUAAGCAACAACAAGAUCAGCACAUUAGAGCUGGGAGCACUGGACCAUCUCGGCUCUACUCUCCAGGUCCUGAGAUUGAGCCGAAACCGUGUCAGUCAGAUUCCUGUGAGGGCAUUCCAGCUCCCAAGGCUCACCCAGCUUGAACUCAACAGGAAUCGUAUCCGUCAAGUUGAAGGUUUGACUUUCCAGGGUCUUUCGAGCUUGGAGGUGCUUAAGCUCCAAAGAAAUAGCAUCAGCAAGCUGACAGAUGGUGCUUUCUGGGAUCUUGCCAAAAUGAAAGUCCUACACCUGGACUACAACAGCCUGACCGAAGUAAACAGUGGCUCCCUGUAUGGCUUGACUUCUCUUCAGCAGCUUUUCCUCAUUAACAACUCAAUAACCCGUAUCAAUCCUGAUGGCUGGAAGUUCUGCCAGAAGCUGCGAGAACUGAAUCUGUCAUAUAACAACUUGACACGUCUGGAUGAAGGCAGUCUGGCUGUGCUGGGGGAUCUUCACACUCUUCGUCUGGGGCACAACUCAAUUAGCCACAUUGCCGAGGGAGCAUUCAGAGGCCUCAGGGCUGUGCGCAUCCUGGAGCUGGACCAUAACGACAUCUCAGGCACAAUAGAGGAUACAAACGGGGCCUUCUCCGGAUUAGAUAGCCUCAGCAAGCUAACUCUGUUUGGAAACAAGAUUAAGUCUGUGGCCAAGAAAGCCUUCGCUGGCCUCGAGAGCCUGGAGCACCUAAACUUGGGUGAGAACGCUAUUCGCUCCAUACAGCCUGAUGCCUUAAGCAGGAUGAAGAACCUCAAAACCCUCCUCAUCCAGAGUGACAGCUUCUUGUGCGACUGCCAGCUCCACUGGCUGCCCGAGUGGUUGGUGACUCGUGGUUUACAGAGUGGUGUUGAUGCCACAUGUGCCUACCCUGAGAGUGUUAAGGGUACAAGUGUAUUUCAUGCUCCAUCUAGCAGUUUUGUGUGUGAUGACCUUCCCAAGCCCCAGAUCACCAUUCAGCCCGAAACCAGCGUUGCAGUCCUUGGCAGCAAUGUGCGUCUCACCUGUACGGCCGCAAGCAGCAGCUCCUCCCCUAUGACCUUCGCAUGGCGCAAGGACCACGAGCUGCUCCGACAUGCCGAAACGGAGAACUACGCACACGUGCGCGCUGACCACCAAAGCUCCACACCUGACAGGGCGGGAGGAGGCACCAGUGGGGUGAUGGAGUACACAACCAUUCUGCACUUGCGACAUGUCACCUUCGCACACGAGGGGCGUUACCAGUGCAUCAUCACCAAUCACUUUGGCUCCACUUAUUCCAACAAGGCCCGCAUCAUUGUCAAUGUUCUGCCCUCUUUCCUGAAGACUCCCAGGGACAACACCAUAAGAACAGGCCACACCGCCAGGCUGGAGUGCGCCGCUGAGGGCCACCCGGCGCCACAGAUUGCCUGGCAGAAGGAUGGGGGCACAGAUUUCCCCGCCGCCCGCGAGCGCCGAAUGCAUGUUAUGCCCGACGACGACGUCUUCUUUAUCAUGGACGUCAAGCCGGAAGACAUGGGCAUGUACAGCUGUACGGCCAAAAACACAGCGGGAACGGUGUCUGCUAACGCCACCCUCACUGUACUAGAAACGCCGCACUUGGCCCAGGCCCUGGAGGAUCGUAACGUGGUCGUGGGCGACACGGUAGCCCUGCAGUGCAAGGCGCUGGGCAGCCCCCAGCCCCGCAUCACAUGGCUACACAACGACCAGCCCCUUCGCCCCUCAGGCCGCCAUCACUUCACCCCCGGCAAUCAGCUGUUGGUCAUCGGCGCCGCGUCGCUGGAGGACGCCGGCCGGUACACUUGCCUGAUGUCCAACACACUGGGCACGGAGCGCGCUCACAGCCAACUGCUGGUCACUCAGCGCCGCAGCCCCUGCGCCGCGUCAGCCGGACUGAGCACGGUCACCGUCGGCAUCGUUGUCAUCGCCGUGGUGACGAGUAUCGUGGUGACCUCCCUGGUGUGGGUGUGCAUCAUCUACCAAACGAGGAAAAAGAGCGAGGAUUGCAGUGUCACAAACACAGAUGAGACGAUCGUUCCUCCUGACGUGCCGAGCUACCUCUCCUCUCAGGGAACUUUGUCCGAGCGCCAAGACGUGUGCAUCCGUGUCGAGGCUGCCAGCGGACCUCAGGCCAACGGACACAUCCUCGACUCGACAGGUUUCAAUGGUUCAGUCAUGUGCACAGACUGUAUGGAGAGCAAUGACCACUACUCCAAGGACCCAGACUACCAGGUGCAGUGUUUUGCUCCGGCAGGACUUAGCGAGUACCAUCAGCACCAUGCCCCCCCUCCCUACUCUCACUGCCACCCGGGAGAGCACACGGCACCCUUCUCCAACAGCAUUCGAAAGGACGCUCGAAGAAUUUCUGACAACGAUAGCGUGCUGCAAAUGAAUCUGUGCGAUAAAAAAGUGAGGAAAAUGGAAGAUGCACCGUCUGCGUACAAGUCACAGGAGGAUUCUUUCCACCUUCCCGUGACGCUGGCAAGUCGAGGUAACGUCGAUAGUGACUGCGAGCCUGAGCUCAGGCAGACUCUGCUGCCCAACAGACACACCCUAAAAGCCUCGCCCAACAAAAGCGCCCCCCCUGAGGAGAGCCAGCGAUUAGCGGUGAACUCGCUGUAGCUCCGUGAACCUUUUUUAUUUUAUUUUUUUCAGUUGUCUUUCUUUGCACUGGGAAAUAAACUGCUACCUCAUGUCGAGGCGAAGCGCUCCCAAGCCUCCUGGAUCUUGGAGUGCCGAGGGGGAAAUCCGGAGUUUGAAGGCGGAGCUUGUGUGGGUGGCGUCCCAUCUGAGCGUAUGUGCUGUACAUAGUUUAAAACCUUCUUUUGGGAGGCGACUAGUAAGAAUUUUAGCUCCAGAAAAUGUGACUUGCAUUUGCGGCAAAUAAAUGUAGGGAACUGUGUACAGUAUGUGAACGUGGAGGGGCAGCAGACUGUACUUCAGAGUUUUCUUAUAGGAUAUCUUUUCCAAAAGAGUAUUUGGAUUUAUGUGCAUGAUAAAGAAAAGAGUGAUAGUAUUUUUAUUUUUAUUCAAAAGACAAAACAAAAACAAACAAAAAAAAAGACCCUUUUCAGCUUUUACCAACAGUCAGCUGCGGUGCCUUAUUGCAUGGUCAAAGAAAACAAUGUCUAAUAAUAGCGUAUAUGAACUUUUACGGAGGGACACUGGUACACUAUUGCAAACAAA